AUGACUAGUCCAAGAAAGACUCCGAAAACGUCUGAAACUUUCACCAAGAGAACCACUUCCCGCCGUCGCUCACCAUCCUCCUCUUCUGAGUUGUCUGAUUCUGCGCCAACACCAAAGCGAUCAAAAACGCAGGACGGUUUGAGAACUGAAAAGAGAUCCACUUCCGAUUACCGCCGGCCUUCUUCUUCCACUGAGUCUUCUGAUGAUGAAGAACAGAAAAACAAUACAUCGAAUAUAUCGAGAAAGCGAGUUAGAAAACCAGCGCCAAAAAUCGAGCUCACGGAGGAACAAAGAGAAUUCGCACAAAAAACGCUGCGAGAAUUUUACGAAAAAAAAGGACUCCCAUCUCCAGCGGAAAAGAAAGAGCUCGCAAAACAACUCCAUAUGACCAAAACAAAUAUAAGUAAUUUUUUCUAUCGAAAAAAGAUAUCAGAAGAAGUGCGAAAAUGUUCAAAUGUGUCCGAAGAAGCGAAAAAACAUUUUAGAAAGAUAUUGGCGGCAAACCAGCACCCCACAACGGAGGAGAAACGAAAACUGGCGGCAAAGUACAAUUUAAAUUUACCGAAAGUCUCACUCUGGUUCAAGAUCAACAGAGAUAAAUUGAAACCGAAACCGGAACGUACUCCAGAGGAAAUUGUUCGGUUGAGACAAAGGAAAACAGAGUUGGAAAGAGAAAGGCUGCGAAGAAAGAAACUUGAGUCGGACAAGCCGCCGCCGUUCGCAUUUACUGAAGAUCAGAAAAAAAUCAUGAAAACAAAAUACGAGGAGUUCAAGUACCCGACAAGAAAUCAAUGCGAGACCUGGGGAAAAGAAAUUGAGUUGACUGGAGUACAGGUGUACAGAUUCAUCAAAAAAGAGAGAACAUUAAACAGAAAAGAGAGCGAUAACAAGACUCGAGAAAUAGAAAAGAAACGACUAAAAAAAAAAUAUUCUCUCAAGCCAAAGGGACACCCACCUCUAUCGGAAGAAGCUGCUGCUCCCAUCAUCAAACAGUUUCUCGAGGAGAACCCGAACCACCGAGAGAUUGGAUAUGAUGGGUUGAUGAAUCAGAUAUACUGGCCCAAAUAUAAAAUAUUGAAUUUUAUUAAACCACUAAGACGGCAAAGUCACAAAAUGGGUAGGCUUUCUGCUGAAAACAAAGAAGAAUUGAAACGAGAAUUUGAAAAUAAUCAAUACAUUUCGUUAGUGAGAGCUGAACAGAUUGCUAGACCUAUGAACGUCACAGACCAAACAAUUGUUCUAUGGAUGUACAAAGAAAGGAUUAGUGUUCUAAAGAAGUAUCUAGAUGAGAAAAACGGUGUGGACAGUUUGCCUUCGAUCAUGAAAUUAUUGGAGCUCCAAUAUUUGGAGAACUCUGUGAUAGAGACGAUGGAAGCUGCAAACGAGUUGAAAGAAAAAACAGGACUGAGAAAAUGUGUGGUUUUGUCUUACUUCCGAAUAAGAAGAAGAUUGGAUCGCGAAAGAGGAAAAAGUGUGAUUGACGAAGAGGAUGUCCCAAUGCUGAGAAGUGGCAAAACACGUGGAGAGGGUAAAAAAUCUUCCGCCGAAAAACGAGCCCAGGAAAAGAAAUCGUCACUUCAAGACGUCGACCAGCCACAUCAGGAUAACGAAGUGGCAAUAAAACAAGAAAUCGAAUCAGACGACGAUUCCUCUGUUUCGGACGAGAUCUCAGAUUCGGACGAUUGGUCGGAUUCCGACGAUUGGUCAGAUUCCGACGAUUUCACCGACUCGGGCAUUAGACCAGUGAAGAAGGAAGAAGUGGAGGAUGACGGCUUUGCUGGUGCUGAAACAAUGAGAGAACCAGAGGAAGCGUCAAGGGUUGAGUAA